AUGCCUGCUGGCAUGUUCAGCAUCGACAACAUCUUGGCGGCCAGACCCCGCUGCAAGGAGGCGGCGCUGCUCCAGCAACACCAGCCGCAGCCGCAGCCGCAGCCGCAGCAGCAACAGCAGCAGAGCGCGGCGCCCGUGGUCUUCUCGGCCGGCCUGCACAGCGGCGACGCGCUCUACGCCUCGGCUGGCGGCGCCGACUACGGCGGAUAUUACGCGCGGGCCGUGGCGCCGGCUUCCAACCUGCCCGCCCUCGGAGGAUCUAGGCUGGGAGGCUACGGCAACUAUUACUACGGGCAGCUCCACGUCCAGGCGUCCGCCGUGGGCCCGGCUUGCUGCGGGGCGAUGCAGCCCUUGGGCGCUCAACAGUGCUCCUGCGUCCCAGCUACAGGCUAUGAAGGCACCGGAUCAGUCCUAAUGUCCCCGGUGCCCCAUCAAAUCCUGCCCUAUAUGAACGUGGGAACCCUGUCCAGGACUGAGUUGCAGUUACUGAAUCAGCUCCACUGCCGGAGGAAAAGGAGGCACCGGACCAUCUUCACUGAUGAACAGCUGGAGGCUCUGGAAAACCUCUUCCAGGAAACCAAAUACCCAGAUGUGGGGACCCGGGAGCAGCUGGCCAGGAGAGUCCAUUUACGGGAGGAGAAAGUGGAGGUUUGGUUCAAGAACCGCCGGGCUAAAUGGAGGAGGCAAAAGAGGUCCUCUUCGGAGGAGUCGGAGAAUGCCCAGAAAUGGAACAAAGCUUCCAAAACAUCCCCAGAGAAAAGACAAGAAGAAAGCAAAAGCGAUUUGGACUCCGACAGCUGAUGCCCCUUUUUCUCCCCAAGGGAUGCCUGCCCGGUCGCUUUUGCCAGCGGGAUGGACUUAUGGGUCUGUACGACUUGCACACCCAGAAGAUGCUUAAAAUUCUUGCACAGACUCUGCCUCUGCGGGAGGAAGGAAAGAAAGGAGGACCGUAUCUAUAUGUAUAUAAUGUACACGAUCCUGGGAGUGAUCCCUUUUCAAUAAAAAAUGGGUUGUGGAGGUG